CUCACAGUCAGUGCUUCUUGUUCUUCCUCCUUGUUCUUCCUCACUCCCUUACCAUACCCACCAUGGAGGCCUUCAUUCAGCCACUCUCUCAUAUUGAUGGAGAUGAGCUUGAUGUGAUGGAGUUGCCUAUUAUUAGUGCGCCUCCAAAGCUUCAAACUACGUCCGAGGAGUCCGUCCGACGCUCGAGCCGAGUUCGACAACCUCCAAAACGUUAUACCACUCCCGAGAAUGAAAAUGGAAUCAAGCGCAAGAGAAAUUUAACGUCUGACACAUCUGGGGUAAAGAAAAAGAAAAUAGAUGAGGGAAAAGUGGCCAUCCAAAAAGCCGCCAUGGGAGAGAAAAAAGCAAACACCCAAAUUGUCGUCGAGAGACGAGCCGAACGCGACGCAAGGCGGUCGCAAUGGAUGUUGAGACAUCGCGAGCUCAUUCAGCCUUUGCUUCCCACUUCCAGUAAUCUAUUAUCAAGCCUUGAAUCCAGUCAUCAACCUAGCAAGAUCCCAUAUACCCCCUACCACGAACUGGAAGAGCAGCCGCAAAGCGUUAGUAAACAGCUGGGGGAGAUGAAAGAUUACCAGCUGCUUGGACUUUCGUUCUUGGUCUAUAUGUAUAAAAACGGGAUGAAUUGUCUUCUUGGGGAUGAGAUGGGUCUCGGGAAGACACUUCAAACACUAUCUUUGUUUGCUUGGAUAAAAGAGAACACACAAGGACCAUUGGAGCCUCACCUUGUCAUCUGUCCCUUGUCGGUGCUAUCCUCAUGGGAGGCGGAAGCUUCCCGAUGGUUACCCACUUUCAAAGUCGAACGUUUUUAUGGAUCUUCCGCAAACGAACGUCAUCGACUCCGCAACUCUGUAUACCGCGGCCUUGGUACUGUCGACAUUGUCCUCACCACUUACGAACAAUACGUGAGUGAGGAUACCUGGUUCAAGACUCGGCGAUGGACAUACUGUGUCCUGGACGAGGCCCACCGCAUCAAGAACGCAGGGACAAAUGUCGCCCAUAAGCUCCAACAUCUCGGUGCUCUGUAUCGGCUGAUUCUCACUGGUACACCGGUUCAAAACGACCUCUUCGAACUAUGGAGCUUGUUCCACUACCUCUACCCCUCUAUCUUCACGCCAACCAGCGAGCAGCUGUUCCGAGACUCAUUCGACAUCUCGAAGGGAUCUUACUCGUUACCCUUCGUGAGCGCCACCAAGAAGUUUCUCUCGAAAAUUAUGUUGCGGCGCACCAAAGCCAGUAUUCAGCUCGAUAUACCCCCACGAGUCGAGCAUACCAUUUUUAUCCCUUUGACGGAAGCUCAAAGAUUUUGGUACUAUCGUUUGCUCACCCGGAUGGAUUCGACAGAGCUUCAAGCUAUUUUCAACGAAGUUGCGUUGAAUUCGGUGAAUUAUGAGGGCAGGAGGGAAGUUCUGUCGAUGUUGCAGAACUAUAUGGCCUGCGAGAAAGAAAACAGAGGCACUGGGAAUCAGAACCAACAGUGGAAGAAACUUAUGAAUCUUCUCCUGCAACUGCGAAAAGUGUGUGACCACCCAUACUUAUUAAAAGACGCGGAGCCAGACCCGUACCACAUUGGCGAGCACGUUGUAGCUUCCUCAUCGAAGCUUAUUGUGAUUGACAAGAUCCUCGCUGACGUCUUACCGAAGGGCGAGAAGGUGCUCAUCUUUGCUCAAUGGUACAGUAUGCUCGACGUCCUGGAAGAUAUGUUACACCUACGGGGUAUCAAUUACGCUAGACUGGACGGCUCAACACGGCGCCCUCGUCGAAAUUUAGAUAUUAAACUAUUCCAGCAUGAAUCGUCGAACCUUCAAGUGUACCUGAUUUCAACGAAGGCCGGUGGUCUUGGCAUCAACUUGACCAGAGCAUCUACCGUCAUUCUGGCAGAUUCAGACUGGAACCCUCAGAACGAUCUCCAGGCGAUCGCACGAGCACAUAGAAUAGGGCAAAAGAAGACCGUGAAUGUCUACCGUCUGAUAUGCGGUGGGAGCGUCGAGGAUCAAAUGCUGGACCGUAUACGUCGCAAACUUUUCUUGUCAGUCAAGCUUAUGGGCUCGGACAACACUCCGGUUUUAGAAGGCGAGGAAUCGUCGAUGAAGUCCAGCGAGCUCAUGGACAUUCUACGAAAAGGAAGUAGCGCUCUCUCGCACGAUGGCGCUGGGAUGGAUCUUGGUUCCUUCCUCGCGGCACCUUUCUCUAAGAUUCUUGAAGAAUCUCAGUCGAAGGAGAACGCCCGGGAUGCGAAACUGAAGCAUGACCUCAAAGAGGAUGGUGGUGGUGAUCAGAAGUUGAUUCACGACGCCGAAGAGGAAGAGAAACGGCUAUUGAGCGGGAUAGCGGCUGUCAGGUGUCGCUUGUUUGAGGGAAAGUUAGUAGAGAGAAAGGCGAAGGAGGGGGGGGAGCCAUUCGAAGUGCUGGAGAAGGGUAAGAGACGUGUUGAAGCGCCGAAAGAAGUCAUCCAGAAUAAUGUUGCCCCAGUGAAGAAACUCAAGCAAGCACUGGAAUCUCAAGACUUCUGCAACCACUGUGCAGAUGGCGGGGAUCUUAUCAUAUGCUCUUUUUGCCCUCGAGUAUUCCACCGUGAAUGCCGCGGUCUCACGCAAAAAGAAGUUAAGACAAUGAGCUUUAUCGCGUGUAGCCAACAUGCAUGCUGGGACUGUCGAAGGAGGACAUCGGAUGCUGGGUACCUCUUGUUUAGAUGUCGUACAUGCCCUCGAGCACUCUGUGAAGACUGCCUUGAAGACCCAUUCCAGCCAAUCGACGAGUUCUUACCAGAAUUCGAACUUCUGGGUCACAAUGCGAGUCCAGGUGCUUAUUUCAUUUACUGCAAACAGUGCCUGGAGCAGUCCAAGACGGAGCCGAAGUGGUGGGAGGAAUGGAUGAAGGAAUCUAGAAAGGUGGAAGAGGCGCUCGAGAGGAAGUAUGCACAGCAACAAGAGCGGCGGGUGUGAUUUCUUUUCCUUCCUUGUGUGCAUUCCGAACCUGCAUUUUCUAAUAGUACCAUAGUCAGCUUAUCGAAUUUGUGAAAGAAAGAUAAUGUAUGUACGAUACUUGGUGUUGUUCUGCAGUAAUAAGCAGCAGUAUAUACUUCUCUACUUCCUGGUUGCUAUGGUUCUGCCUCUGCGCAAGGGUGACCGUGCCAUAGUCCAGAAUUCCAGCCUAUUCGGCGGGAAAUUAACAGACCCUGUACACUCCUAUAUUAUUAGCUCCUAU